AUGUCUUCAAAGCUAAGAGGUUUGAAAGGCGUGAAUACAAGAGAUAAUACUGACGAAGAAAAUCCACAGAUCGGCGUAGGUGAUGAUGCCGACUCAUCUAUUCCAUCCGACGUCCCUUUGAGUCGGGUAUUGGAAUCAAUUAUGCAAAAAAUUGAUGCCCAGCAAGCACAGAUCGGCGAGUUGGAAAAGAUGAGUCAGAAACUUGAAACCAAUGUACUGGCGAAUCAAAGCCGACAAGAUCAGGCUGAAGCGUCUCACGUCAAUGAGUCCAUAUUUCAGCGUUUGAUGGCACCAUUGGUUCAUAUAUCCCAAGGACCUCGAACAAGCACCAUACUGCCAAAUGCAGGACUUGGUGUUAUGAUCAGCAACAUGUCGAAUCAUACACUUGGCAUGCCAAUGGGAAAUCCGCUAAUUUUAUCAAAUCCGUUGGUGGUGAAUCCUGUGCUGGCCGAGGUAGUACAAGGUCGCAGACGUGCUCAGCCGGUAUACAGAAAGCCCUAUCCUGAUCACGUUGAUGCCCAUGAGUUGCCUAGAAAUUAUCGGUAUCCUGAUUUUUCUAUGUACAGUGGUGAAGAAAACUUCUCUACAGUACAGCAUAUUGCAAGGUUCACUGCACAAUGUGGAGAAGCUGGUCCUAGCCCUUGGUUAAGGAUGAGGUUAUUCUCUAGCUCUCUUGCUAGGGCAGCUUUUGAAUGGUACAGCAACUUACCGGCUAAUUCUAUUCAGACUUGGGAUAAGAUAGAGGAAGCAUUCCAUACCCAUUUCUACCGAACAGAGACAAAAGCUACACUGGCAGACAUAUCUUGA